AUGGAGCUACUGGGAGGCAUUCCCACUCCUGCUGCUGCUGCUGGUGCUGCUGCUUCCGGUGCCGGUGCUGGUGGUGCUGGUGCUGCGGCUGGUGCUGGUGCUGGUGCUGCUGCUGUCGCUUCUUCUAGUGCAGCUGCUGCUGCCGCUGCUGCUGCGCCUUCGCCAGCACUGAGAGACAUGGAGGCGGCACUGAGGGAUGUGGAGGAUGAAGCGGAUGUGCUGGCAAGGAGGCAGGAGGAGGAGGAGGCAGCUGCUGAAAUGAGGGAGUUUGCAGAUGAAGGGCCGGUGGGAGGCGCUGGGGAGGAGGAGGAGAUGGAGGAGGAGGGGGACGGGGAAGGGGAGAAAGAGGGGGGUAAGGGGGAGGGGGAGAGGGAAGUGGGGGAUGAGGAGCGGGUGGAUGGAGGUGAGGGGGUGGGUGGAGGGGGAGCAGAGUUAUGCAAUGCAAUGCGAUUCUACAAGCUGUACGCCAUGCGGUUCUAUGAGCUGUACGUCAUGCGGUUCUAUGAGCUGUAUGCGAUGCGGUUCUACGAGCUGUGGGACCCGGUGGUGGACAAGCAGGAGGUGGAGAGCGAGGAGGAAGAGGUGGAGGAGGAGGAGGAGUGGGAGCUGGAGCAGCUGCAGCGGCUCAAGGAGGAGCAGGAGGCGGAGAUGGACGAUGACGAGGAGCCGCUGCAGUACUCUGGUGGGUGGGGGUGCAAGAGUGGAGGUGGGAGGGUUGGGUUUGGAAGGGCUGGGGUGGGAGGAAAGGAGGGGUUGAUUGAGGGGUUGGGGGGAAGGGCUGGGGUAGAAGGUACUGCUCAUGCGCGCGCGCACUGCCGUACAAGGGCGUGGGCUAAGGCUCUAGUAUGUAGGGUGCAUGGAAGUGCUUUUGAGUGGGAGUGGGAGCUGGAGCAGCUGCAGCGCCUCAAGGAGAAGCAGGAGGUGAAGAUGGAUGACGACGAGGAGCCGCUGCAGUACUCUGCUCACCCUCUCCUCUCGGCUGACCCUUUCCUCUCGGCUUACCCUCUCCUCUCCGCUUACCCUCUCCUCAUGGCUUACCCUCUCCUCUCCGCUUACCCUCUCCUCAUGGCUUACCCUCUCCUCUCCGCUUACCCUCUCCUCUCCGCUUACCCUCUCCUCUCCGCUUACCCUCUCCUCUCCGCUUACCCUCUGCUCUUGGCUUACCCUCUCCUCUCGGCUUACCCUCUCUCUCUGCUUUGGGACGUGGAGAAUGCAGAUGAAGCAUAUCGGCAGCAAGUGGAAGCAUUGUCACACCAGCAGGAGGUACUGCGGCAGCAGGAGUGGGAGGAGUGGGAGAGGCAGGUGGCUGCAGCAGAGGCGCGAACAGAGGUUGUUGCGCGGAAGAGGAGGAGGAAGGAGGAGAGAGAUGCGAGGAGAAGAAAGGGACGCUGGCCGUCUUUGGACGGCAGGAGGCUUGGGGUGGGGAUGCUGGAAGGAAUUGGUGAAGAGGGGGAGGAAGAGGAGGGGGAGAUAUUGGAGCUUGAGGGUGGGGAAGGAGAGGAGGAGGAGGAGGGAAUGAGUGACGACGAGGAAACGGAGGAGGAAAGCAGUGAGGAGGGUGAGGAAGAGGGGGAGGGUGGAGCAGAGAGAAGGGCGGUGCGUAUGCGAGCACGCGAGGAGAGGAGCCUAAGGAAGAGGCAGAGGAAGGCGGAGAGAGAGGCGGGGCGAGGAGAGAUGGUACCUCUCAGGGUUCCCUCAGGGAGAAUGAGGCGGUUGCCCCGGCUGCUGGAGGAAGAAAUACUAGCGGAGCUGCACUUAAAGAGGAUAAAGAGGAGCAAGGCUAAGGCUCCAGGGGAGUGGCGUGGGGACGGUGAGAGGAGGCCCCACGAAGACGCCACUCUAAUAGCUGCUCUCUCCCACUACGGCACUAGCAGCUGGCCUCUAAUCACUCACAUCCUCUCAACGCUCCCGGACGGGACAGCCAGGCAGAGGGGUGCAGUGAGGGGGGUGUGGGAGUGCAUGCAACGAUUGUUCUCGCUUUUAGAUGCGCUGAGUUGGUGGCAGGGAUUGGGGCCGAGGGGGACGCGUGGAGGGAUGGUGGAGUUGUUGAGGGGAGGGGGGGCGUGGAGGGACGGGGGUGAGUUGGGGGGAGGAGGGGAUGGGGAGGUGUGGAGUGGUGGAGAGGGGUGGAGGAAUGUGGUGCAAGAGGGGAAGGCAAAAGAUGUUUUGGUGCCCAAGUCUCAACUGUCGCAACUCUCGCUCCUCCUCAGCCCACUUCCGGACCACAGCUCUCAGCAACCCUCCCGAGCAACAGCCUUCAUUGCUCGCUUAUACACCCAGCCCACUGCAACCAGUCCUCUUCCCACACUCAUUCCCUCCACAUCCCCACUCACAACAAUGCGAGAGGGAGCCAUAGAACAGGGUGCAGCAGGGGCAGGCGGGAAGGAGCAGACAACAGCAGAUGAAGGGACAGCAGCAGGAGGAGUGCCUUUGCAAUCGUCACAGCCGCAGCCCCUCUCCCCCUCUCCCUCCUCUUCCGCUCGCUCCUCUUCCUCUUCUCUAUUGUUCGUUUCACUCAACCCUGUGGUUUUGGCCAGUGGUGGUAGUGGGAGUUCCUAUGAGUGGCUUGAGUGGGGAGACAGGAAUGAGGCGAAGGGGUGGGAGAAUGAGGGCGGAACGACUGGUGUAGAGCCAGAAGAGAGAAGGAUUUAUGAAGUCGGAUUGGCUGCAGGGGGAGGGGACGAGGUAGGGGAAAGGGGAGGGGGUGGGGGAAGAGAACGGGAAGGGGGAGGGGAAAGGGGAGAGGGACGGGAAGGGGGAGAGGGGGAGGGAGGGGGCGAUCAAGGUGCUCUUACAGUUGGCAGACAGGUGUCUCUUCACGAUAGGCUGCUGCAGAGGCUAGUGCGGUCAGGUGCGGUGGUGAUGGGGAAUGGAGGAGCUGCAGGGAAGGCAGCAGAGGAUGCACGGAGAGUGAUGAAUAGAGUUCCUCUCUCCGUCCCAUCUCACGCUCUGGGCGACCUCUGCUCUUGCAGUCGAGCUGCCUUCCGUGCUUCUUCUCCCUUCUCUGAUCACAAGCGCUCUCCUUCUCAUGUGUCCCUCAACCUCCCCCCCCCUGCCCCCCCGCCUUGCCACCUGCCUGUCAUCCCAUCCCAGGUUCCUCUCUCCGUCCCAUCUCGCGCUCUGGGCGAGCUCUGCUCUUGCAGUCGAGCUGCCUUCCGUGAUUCUUCUCCCCGACGCCCAGCCUGCACCAACCACCCUCCCUACUUUUACCACCACCCGCAACAGCAGCAGCAGCAGCAGCUGCAGGAACCGGUGCCGCAGCAGCAGCAGCAGCAGCAGCAGUUUCGAAAGCAGCAGCCGUUCCCGUCCAUUAGACCCCCCUCUUCUCCAACUCCUCCCCAUGCAUCGGUGCCUUCGGCCUUAGCAGCAGGAGCAACCGAGACAGCAGGAACAGCAGCAGGAGCAGCAGCAGGGGCGGGAGGGAGAGGGGGAGGAGGAGGUAGGGGUUCCAAGGGAGCAGGAAGAGGCGUGGGGAGAGGCGGGGGGAAAGCACGGGGUGGGCUGGGAGAGGGAGGGGCUGGGGCUGGGGCUGUAGGGGUCACUGGGGGGGGCGGGGGCGGAGGAAUGGGGGGAGUGGGAGUGGGGAGAGGUGUGGGGCGGUUAGUGGAGGGAGGAAUAGGUGGGGAGGCAGUAGGUGGGGCAGGCAGGGGAGUGGCGCGAGGAGGGGGACGGGGAGGAAGAGGUGAGGGGAGGGGAGUGGGGCGAGGAGUGGGACGAGGAGGACGAGGAGAGGGAAGAGGCCCACCAGGGAGAGGGAGUGUGGGGGGAGGGGACGUGGCAGGUUCUGUAGGGGCGGCUGCUGCUGUAGACAGUGCGAGAGGGAGGACAGGAGGGGCAGAGGGGAUUCCGCAGCAGCAGCAGCAGCAGCAGCAGCAGCAGCAGCAGCAGCAGAUGCAGCAGCAAAGGAGUGAGCAGCAAGGAGGGGUAGGAGGAGGGCAAGGGAAUCAAGCCCAGCAAGGCGUGCAGCAGAGCCAGCAUGGAGUAGGAGUGAGCAGGCUGUGGUUGGUGGAAUCUGGAGGGAGCGGUGACAAGAACGACAGCAACAGCCCCACCACCACCACCGCUACCACUACCAACGAGAACGUCAGCGGUGGUGGCACCGGUGGCAUUGGCGGUAGCAGCAGCAGCAACGCUCAAGGCGUUCCCAAGGCAGGGAUGGAGCUGGACCUAAAUUGGGCAGCAGCAGAAGAUCCUGUCAGGGAAGGCAUGCGAGGUAAUGGGGCUGAAGCAGCAGCUGCAGCAGUGGCAGCAGCAGCAGCAGCAACUUUGUCCCGCCAUCCUCUUGAGAUGGACCUCAACCUCCCGGCUGAUGCUGACACUCCUGCUCCUCCUCUUCCUCCUCUCCCUCUCACCGCUCCCCCUGCUGCUGUCUCCGCAGCCCCACCAGCAGCAGCAGCAGCAGCAGCAGCUUCUGUCCCCCUCCACCCCUCAGCACCUCUUCUCCACCCUCCCAACCCCCGGGACCCGCGCCGUUUCGCUCGCCUUGCCAACACUGCCACGGUUCCUGCAUCAGGGCCUGCAACUGCUGCAACGGCUGGAGCAAUAAAGAGCGGCGCAGCCUUACGACUACCCCUCUCCUCCCCCUCCUCCUCUCUCCCCCUUGCACCUGCCGCCAUGCUUCCCUCCCGCCCUUCCCACUCCUCCCACCCAUCCCAGCCCUCUGCUCCAGCCCACGCCUCUCAGCCGCAGCUUGCAGGGUUAGGGGUCCUCCUGGGAAUACGAUGGCGGGAAAUACCGGUAGUGGUGGUGGUGGUGGUGGUGGUGGUGGUGGUGGUGGUGGUGGUGGUGGUGGUGGUGGUGGUGGUGGUGGUGGUGGUGGUGGUGGUGGUGGUGGUGGUGGUGGUGGUGGUGGUGGUGGUGGUGGUGGUGGUGGUGGUGGUGGUGGUGGUGGUGGUGGUGGUGGUGGUGGUGGUGGUGGUGGUGGUGGUGGUGGUGGUGGUGGUGGUGGUGGUGGUGGUGGUGGUGGUGGUGUGGUGGUGGUGGUGGUGGUGGUGGGGUGGUGGUGGUGGUGGUGGUGGUGGUGGUGGUGGUGGUGGUGGUGGUGGUGGUGGUGGUGGUGGUGGUGGUGGUGGUGGUGGUGGUGGUGGUGGUGGUGGUGGUGGUGGUGGUGGUGGUGGUGGUGGUGGUGGUGGUGGUGGUGGUGGUGGUGGUGGUGGUGGUGGUGGUGGUGGUGGUGGUGGUGGUGGUGGUGGUGGUGGUGGUGGUGGUGGUGGUGGUGGUGGUGGUGGUGGUGGUGGUGGUGGUGGUGGUGGUGGUGGUGGUGGUGGUGGUGGUGGUGGUGGUGGUGGUGGUGGUGGUGGUGGUGGUGGUGGUGGUGGUGGUGGUGGUGGUGGUGGUGGUGGUGGUGGUGGUGGUGGUGGUGGUGGUGGUGGUGGUGGUGGUGGUGGUGGUGGUGGUGGUGGUGGUGGUGGUGGUGGUGGUGGUGGUGGUGGUGGUGGUGGUGGUGGUGGUGGUGGUGGUGGUGGUGGUGGUGGUGGUGGUGGUGGUGGUGGUGGUGGUGGUGGUGGUGGUGGUGGUGGUGGUGGUGGUGGUGGUGGUGGUGGUGGUGGUGGUGGUGGUGGUGGUGGUGGUGGUGGUGCCAGUGGUGGUGGGAGUGGUGGUGGUAGUGGCAGCGGGGGUGGCAGUGGUACUGCUGUGCCCAGGCUGCUCUCCUUACCAUCAGCUCUGUUUCGCAUGGCACCUACUAGUACUACUGGUUCUGGUAUGCCUGAAGGGGUGGGUGGAGGGCGGGGGAGUGGAGGAGGAGGCGGCGGAGGAGGAGGCAGAGGAGGGGGAGGAGGUGGAGGGAGAGGAGGAGGAGCAGCAGGAGGAGGGGUAAUGCAGAGGGCUGCUGGUGUGGGUGGGCAACAAGGGGCAGCGCCUCCAGUGGCCCUUCAGGUGUCCCCAGGGGCACUUCAAAUGCCUCAGGUGGGCCUUCAGAUGCCUCAGGUGGGAUUUCAGGGUGCUCAGGUGGCGAGUAGGGGUCCAGUGGCUGUGCCUGUGCAAGCUUCAGGGCAGCAGCAGAAGCAGAGUGGAGGGGGGUAUGGUGGGAUUGGGACAGGUGGCGGGGAGGGAGGGAGAGGGCGAGGUGGGAGGGGAUCGAGGGGAGGGAGAGGAGGGAGAGGGAGAGCGAUGGGUUAUUCUCAGCAACGACAACAAGACACCCAGCAGCAGCAACCGCACCAACAGCAACAGCACAUGCAGCAACAGCAACAGCAGCAGCAGCAGCAGCAGCAGCAGCAGCAGCAGCAGCAGCAGCAGCAGCAGCAGCAGCAGCAGCAGCAGCAGCAGCAGCAGCAGCAGCAGCAGCAGCAGCAGCAGCAGCAACAGCAACAGCAGCAGGUGCAACAACAACAGCGACAACAGCAACAGCAGCAGCACCAGCAGCAGCACCAUCAGCAGCAGCAGGCGCAGCAGCAGCAGCAGCAGCAGCAAGGGCUGCAGCCACCACUCCAGCGACAGCCACAGCAUCAGCAGCCAAACCCUUCAGGCCAGCACAUGCCCACUCCAAACCCUCACAACGCAAUGCAACCAGGACUGCCCCACUCCUACGCACCACCACUUCCAUCAUACCACCAACCUAGCCUCGCACCAUCCCAACCUGCGCGCUUCUCCCAACCCUCAACUUCGCCUGAACCUCGUCUCUUGGGCAGUUCUUUGCCGAGCCAGUCUUUGCCGAACCAGUUGCCGCAGCAACCAGCACAGCGCCUGGCACAGCAGAGCGGCCAGCAAUACCCGGGACAGCAGCACCCCCACGGUGCUCCAGAAUCAUGGCAUGCGGCGCAAGCAGCGCAAGCAGCACAGGCAGCAGCAGGUAUAGGUCGUGGGCGAGGUGAGGGAGGCAGGGAGGCGGCUGGAGGAGAGGGUGCUACUGGUGCUCCUGGUGCUGGGUACACUCCGCACCUCUCGUCAGGUCAGUAUGGAGGGCAGUUGGAAGACAGCAACCAGUACGACAGGUGGCAGCGGUGA